UAAAUCGGCCACUUUGGGGCACCUGUGUCUUGCGAAUUGUCCAAUUGGAGAUGGAGGUUUAGAAAUUAUUUGUCAAGGUAUAAGGAACUCUAUCACUCUUAAGACAGUAGACUUCACGGGCUAUAAUCUGAAAUGGCAGGGAGCAGAUCACAUGGUCAAGAUCUUAAAGUAUCAGACUACCAGAAGGCAUGAAGAAACCUGGGCUGAGAGUCUUCGUUCCAGGAGACCUGAUCUUGACUGUAUGGCUGGUUUGAGGCGCAUCACUCUGAACUGCAGCACGCUCAUUGGUGACCUGGGUGCAAGUGCUUUGGCAGAAUCUCUUAGUGAGGAUUUAUGGCUUAGAGGAUUGGCCACAAAGAAACCUGUAAGUAAUGGAAGGAAACACUCUGCUGGUAAAGAAUGUUAUGGUCCUGAACCUCUACCACCUGGUGUGUCUGGUUUCCUGCCGUGGCGUACUGCAGAACGUGCAAAAAGCAACAGGGGCUUUCCAUUCAUCAGACUCGUGAUGUAUGUAGUCAGGUGCAGGUCCAUCAGAAUUUCCUGUGACUGUGACAGUAGAGAGUCCUUCCUCCUCAGAAAUCGAAGAGGUCGAAGAUUCCUCAGAAAGUGUUCAGGAAGAGCCAGAGAAAAUCAGUUUGAAACAAGAAGCAUUGCAGGCCUUCAUGUCCACUCAUUGACAAGCAUGAUCCUGGAUGAUGAAGGUGUUUUGGGCAGCACUGAGAAUUCUUUUCAGAAGUUCCAUGCUUUCUUGGAUCUCCUUAAAGAUGCUGGGCUUGGGCAGCUGGCCACAAUGGCUGGUAUAGAUCAGUCAGAUUUUCAUUUACUAGGUCGUCCCCAGAUGAAUUCUACUGUUAGUAGUCCACCUAAAGAAGAAAAGAAGGCACUUGAAGAAAAAUCAGAAUCAAAGCAGAGUGCCCCAGUACAAAUGCAAAAUCUCCAAUUUCAGAAAAUUACAGGUGAUGCUGGGCUUCCUUUGCCUCUCGACUCCUUCCAUGUCCCAGUCUCUACUCAGGAGGCCUUAGAAACUUCCAAAGACAAGCUGGGGGUCCCAGUCACAGAGCAGCGGCAGGAGUCUUUUGAAGAUUUCAUUGCUAGAACAUGUUCUCCUUCAGCAGACAUCAUUUCUGGAACUGGAAGUCAAAGAAAAGAAGAGGAAUUAUCUAGAAAUAGCAGGUCUUCUUCAGAGAAAAUGAGCAAAGCAGGUGAAUAUACCAAAAAAUACUCUGCUAAGAAACAACCUGGGAAGGACCUGCAUUCCUGCUCGGACUCACCUGUAAAGCAGAAAAGCAAAGGAAUUGGGCAAAAGAAUUCUUUGGUUAAUAAACCAAUUAAAAGUGAGUCUUUGAAAAAACACAUUUCUGUUAAGAAAGAGUAGAAUAGUGACUGUUUCAUCAAAGACAACUAAAAGUAAACUCAGUCUACUAGAACAUUCUGAAAGUGAUACUCUUG